AUGAGCGAGGGCACGCUGGACAUGGUGAGGCGGCUGCGCGUCCCCGACAGCGGCAGCAGCAGCAUAGGCAUCGUCGCCGACGACUGGAACAGCGGCGGGCGCUGCAUGGGCGCCCGGAUCCGCGGCGUCAACGUGGGGUUCCUGGACGAGCAGGUGCUGGUGCUGGUAUUCCGCGCGCUCGACUGGGACCCGCAGACGCUCUCCUCCGUGGCGCGCGCCAGCCGCCGCCUCCGCGCCGUCGCGGAGCGCGUGCUCUGGCGCGACCUGUGCGUCUCGCGGGCGCCGCUGAUGGUGGCGGCGCUCACCACCAAGGGGCGCGUCGGCGGCGGAUGGCCGGCGCUGGCGAAGCUGCUCCUCUUCUGCUGCGGCACCGCGGCGGGGGCCGUCGUGCCGGUGCCGGUGCCGGUGCUGGGCCACUUCGCCCCCGUGUCCCGGUUCUCGAAGACGUCCGGGCGGAGCUUCCUGCCGCGGCGCUGCGGCAAGGACGUCCUGUACGUGUCGGACCCGUGCGAGCACGCCGCACCCGGCGACGACGGCGAAGACGACGUGGGAGCGUACCGGGGCGUGUUCCGCGGGUUCGUGGGGUCCCGCACGCGCGCCCGCCUGGUGGACGGCCGCACCCCGCUGGAGCCAAGAGUGCGGUGCCCAUACUGCGGCGCGAGCGUCUGGAGCGUGGCCGCGCCGCGCGGCGCGCGCCGCCGCCUCGGCGCGCACGAGAGGCGGCUCCAGUACUUCGUCUGCGUCAGCGGCCACCUCCACGGCAGCUGCCGGCUCGCGCGCCUCACCUCCAGCGACGGCGGCGCCGUUGGCUCCGGCUCCGACGACGACGACGAUGACGGGUUCACUGACGCCGACAGCGGACGACUGAGGACGACCGGGCGCAUGGCGCUGUAA